GCCGCCAUUCCCAGUGUACGUCGCGGCAAUGCCCACGGCGCGGAAACGGAAGACCCGCGCCCCGCCGACGCCGCGCCGCCGGCCGCCGGGCCUGGAGUACCGCGCCAAGUCCGACGGCUCGUGGUACAGCGUGCGCCUGGCGCUGCAGGAGGGCUCGCUGCGCGUCAUGUACGAGGAGUUCCUCGAGGCGACCGACGAGUGGUACGACCCGCCCGCGGCCGGCGGCGACCUCGCCUCGCCGCGCGACGUGGCCGCUCUCCGCGCCAGGUUCCGCGCGGUAAGCACCGCCCUCGAGGGCGCCCGCUGCCGCGACCUCCGCCCCGGCGCGCGGCUCUGCGUCGGCUGCGAUAUCGUCGUCGGCGAACUCAAGUUCUACGACGCCGUCCUCGACUCCGUAACGGCAGCAAAGCACGAAACCGUGGACGGGGAGGAGCUGUGCGCGUGCCGUUUCACGGUGCGGUGGACGGAGGGUCCGCGCGCCGGUGGCUUGGAGCAGGUCGGCAUCGACAAGGUUUACUGCGUGCGGGCCACCAGGCCGGUCCAAGACCCGGUGCUGAGCCAGUUCCUGGAUGUCGUGACCAAGGCAGUCAGCAACGUUGAGGGGAACGCCAUGACGACCGGCGCCCGGUUGCCCAAGACCGGCGAGGGAGAAACAGCUCACCUCGUGUAGAUUGUCAGCUCGUGCCCUGCGGAUUUCUCUUCAGAAUGUAAUCGUGCGCCCGCUCUAGAAUUAAUCUAUGUCAAAAAGAAACUGGGCAUUUGGUGCCUUUCAGCCUUUUGUGUUUGUUUUCAUCUGUGUCUUGGUCUGCUGGUCUUCUCUUCCACUUUUGUCUUUGAUUCGGCUGCGAAAUGCACACCAUCAUUGGUAGUAAAAUUCUGACACUAUGUUCCUGAUUGCCA